AUGGAAAAUAAUUUAAUAUUGGAAAAUGGCUCAACUAGUGGAAAGUGGAAUUUUAAUGGUGCUUUGGAAUAUGUCGAUCAGUGGAUACUUAUGAAAACGCCGUAUCCAUUAAUUAUAAUUACUAUAUCAUAUUUAUUAUUCGUGGUCAGUGUUGGUCCAAGACUCAUGAAAAAUCGUCCACCGAUAUCUAUGAAUAAUUUUCUUAUAUUAUACAAUAUAUUUCAAGUGGCGUUUUCUCUCUACUUAUGUUACAUUGGUACAAGCCUUCUUUGGCGAAAUGGUUUAAUAGGAAAGUCAUGCUUACUAGAAAUACCUGAAAGUCGAUAUACUAUUACCACAAGUAUAUACACUUAUUUCAUAGCAAAAGUCACCGAACUCUUAGAUACAAUACUAUUUGUUCUCCGAAAGAAGGAUAACCAAGUUACAUUCCUUCAUGUCUACCAUCACCUGACAGUGAUGUGGUGUACUUGGUUCAAUCUGAAGUAUGAACCUUCGUACAACACCAUAUUCCUCGGCACUUUAAAUUCCUACGUUCACGUCAUCAUGUACACGUACUAUGGAAUGUCUGCUGUUCCUGAAUUGGCAAAGAAUUUAUGGUGGAAAAAGUAUAUAACGUCUUUACAAUUGGUACAGUUCGUGUUGAUUUUGCUCCAUGCAGUAGCCAGCGCCAUCUAUCCUGGAUGUCCUCCAACAUACACUCUAAUAUUAAUGAUAAACGUAAAUGCAUCACUAUUUAUCUAUCUAUUUGGUAAAUUUUACAUAAACACAUAUACCAAUACAAAAGUGUUAAAAAAUCAGAAAAGAGAAACAGAAAAUGAUCAAGAUCUUUUAGACGCUUAUCUCGAUAAAAUCAAAUAAUAUAGUUGUUAUACGUAUUUCUUUGUGUUUGUUUCAUUUAUACGUGCAAUAAUUAUAAAAAAAAAUAUGCAACUUUUAUAACCGGCUAAAAAAAAAGUAUUAUUUAUUUAUCGUAGGUGCGGGCGACCUUGUGUGUAUGCUAAUUCUAUUUCAUAUAAUUACUUUUGUUUUGCUUUAGAUAUUUACAAUUAUAAUGAUGAGAGGUUGAUAGUUAUUAUUAGAAUGGUAAUUGUGUGUAUUUUUCUUUCGAAAAUUGUUUGUUGAUAAUAUUCAGUAAACGUUGAAAAAUUAUUAUA